CUUUAACUGCCAGUCUGUACGCGAUACCUGACCUUUCUCUCGUACGAUGGAAGAGAAGCACAGUACUGUAGUGGUGAUUGCCGAGGCUCUUUUACUUCGUAAUGUAACUCGACACGUAAAACCCAGCGACGACGAACGUUAUAUCACUUCUUUUGCCUCACAUCGUGAUUAUAAAACUCACUGGUACUUUCUCCAAGAAGAAGAUAGCGAGACCAUCAAGAUCAAUAUCCAAAGCACUUUUGCCGCACAAUGGGAGACACAGGUUAAGAGACGCUAAGAUGGGUAUGAUUCGAUUGAGAUUUGGGCUGUCACUCCUUUUGUACUUGGGAAGGCACGUUUAUGCUCAAAGUGAUAGAGAAGCACAGGGUUUUAUAGGAGAAAACGACAGCGUGGAUAACUGUUUCAAUGCUGUGAGUUCUCCGGCAACCUUUCUUCAACAUGUGAUCAGACAUAGAACUAACCAUAUGAUCACCUCAUCUCAGUACAAAGAACUUUCAGAUGUUCUGGGGACUAAAGCAUAUCAUGGAAAUUUACCUCGGAGUUUUGCAAAAUCCUAUCACUGCUCGAGGCAAGGAGAAGUGAUACCUGCUUGUGUAGUCCGACCUAUCACAGCAAAUGAUGUCUCUACUACUAUUCAGAUCGUCAGAAAAUACCAGUGCCAUUUUGCUGUCAAGUCUGGAGGCCAUGCUAUGUUCAAAGGUGCUUCAAAUGCAGAGGGAGGUGUCACAAUUGAUAUGGUAAAUUUAAAUCAGAUUAAAGUUAAUAAUGAUCGGAAGACUGUGGCUCGGGAAAUCGAUGGGGAAAGGUUUAUGAAGUUCUGGAACCGAUGGGUUUAG